AUGUCGUCACUUGAAUGUAUAAUUUGUUUGGAAGGCUACAGUAAGUUUAAGAUUUUUCUUGAUUUUUCGAUUAAGAAUUUCUCGAAUUCAGAUCGAAGAGAAAAAAGACCGUGUAUAGGAACUUGUGGGCAUUCGAUUUGUGAGCAAUGCAAACAUCGUAUGACGUAAGUUAAAAUAAUUUUCGAAGUAAAGUUGUGAAAAUUUUUUUUCUAGAAGCUCAAAAUGUCCGCAAUGUCAACGAGAAGAAGCUUUUGCCUUAACUACGAUAAAUUGGCAAGUAUUGGGUACGUUUUUCAGAUUUUUUUUCAGUUUUUCGGUUCAUUUUCUCAUUCGGAUUUGGUUUUUACAGAUCUGAUGAAAAUCGAUUAUGGGAUGGCAAGGGUACCGCAGGUUAUGGAUUUUCUGUGCUUGUUGCACGUUUUUUUUUCAUCUUCAAGCCCUUUAUAUCUGAGGUAAUGAUAUUUUUAGAGAGCGGAUGAGAUUUGCUCUGAAUGUGGUUCACAUGCCAAGAAACUGCGAAUUUGUAUUCCGUGUGCUGAAAAGAGAAAGUAUUGUGAGAAAAAAUAAUGAUGGUUCCUACGCUUUGGACAUUUCGAAAAGCGAAUUUGUCGAUCGUCCUUUCGAAGAGGUGAAUAAUAAUCUCCUUCUCAUUAUUGUGUUAAUCUUGGAUAAAUAUUCGCGAUUUUUCAGGCAUUGAGGGUCGCAAUUUGUGGCGACUGUGCUUUGGACGGCUUCCACAAGGAUCAUAGGAACCACAAGCUUCUGAGCACAUUAAAAGUAGUAACAGCGUCAAAUUGAAAUAAAUCAAUUUCUUCAGCAAGGUAUCGAAGGCGAGUUGACGAAACUGGAAACGCGGAAGCUUCAGAAGGAGAUGAAUGCCAACCUUAUUGAUUUCCAAAAUCGUUGUGCUAGCGAUUUAGAAGGCCUUAUGGAUGUAAGUUUAUUGAAGAUUUUCUUUCAUAAUAUUUGGUUCCAGUCUUUCAAUGCGUAUGUUGACGAAGGCUUCAAAUUGUCACCUGAUGAGUUAGUAACACACGUAGAAAAUUUGAAAAUAACGAGAAGUGAACUGGAAAACGCGAUGGGGCCGGCUGAAGAAAUUUUCAACAAAAUAAGGGUUUUCUUCCUUUUUCUUUAUAUUUAAUUUCUCGUCCAAAUUCAGAAAAUUUCUGAAAGGAUUCACAUGCAAAAAAAAGACGUCAGCCGGCUGAAGAAGGCUUACAUCAGAACACCGGUAUUAUUUAAAUGAAAAAAACUUCUAUCUCGAUUCAAUUUAUUUCACAGAUCGAAAUUCAGCCUUCGGGACCCAUUCUCAUUGCAGGUUUUUUUUAAAUUUUUUUCUGUAUAUUUAAAUAGUUAUUUUUCAAGAUCGAAAACAAAGUGUCACAGAAGUUUUGUUAAUUGGAAAGUUCGAUCCUUCCACUAAAAAGUGGACUUCGAUUGGAAAAAUGCCGAAUAAAAAGUCAAAUUAUGCGGUUGCUUUUCAUCAGAACAAGGUAGGAUUUUCCGUUUCUGUUUUAUACUCAGUUGAUUUGAUGAUUCUGAAAACUUCUCAAUUUUUCUUUUCAUUUCCUUGAAAUUCGACUUUUUUUUUCGAAAUUCAAGAAUUUCGAAACUAAAUUUCACAAGUUUGCAUCAUGAUUGUGACGAAACGCCUUUUUUUCACCUAAUUUCAUAUGAUAUUCGAAUUUUUCCCCCGUUGUCAAAUCUUUUUUUUCACUGAGCAGAUUUUUUUUUUCAAGUGAUGAAUUUGAAAAUUACAGCAAUUUCCUCCCUACUUUUUGUUAAAAAUAAAAUUUCCUUCGAACAUCGGAAAAAAAGGGCAUUUUAAUCCAACAAGGAUUUUUUUUUCAGUUAAAAAAAUGAAAAUUUUGUUCUUUUUCUAUCACUAUUUUCUCUCUGGAACCUUUUAAAGCUAAACUAACAACUUUUAACAGAUCUACAUUGCUGGCGGCAUGUACAACGGAGCUUGGCUAGACGCAUUGGAAAUUUACAACAAGGAGAAGAAUUUGCGGAGAGAUGUCGGUAAUCCGGAGGGACAUCUCUCAUUCGUAGUCGUUUCAGGGGCCGAAGCUGAGACACGGCCGGACGAGGACCUCUGCCGGCUUUUUCAACGGCAAAAUGUUCGUUUGUGGCGGCUACGACGGCUCUUACAUGUCUUCUGUCGAAGUCGGUUCUUAUCGUUUUUUUCAUAAUACUGAUAGUUCGCUUCUGAUUCUUAGGGUCUUGUGAAAGUUAUUUGACAGUAAGAGAAUUCCUUCUAUUUUGAAUAGAAUUCGCACCAAAUGAAAGAAAAGUAUGAGAAAGGGAAUGAAAACAGAUGUUAGAAAAAAAAAUCAUGGGAUUUUUUUUUUAGUUUAUCAGCUUGAAAAAUUUACGACUAAAACUUCGAGCCACCGAAAAAUUAAAUCGCGCUUACUUUUAGCGCUCCUUCUGUAGAUUCAACGAGCGUUUCAUAAGUACCGUAUAAAUUAUCAAAAUUCUCGAAUUUUUGAACUUGAAAUGAAUAUUUUAGAAUUUUUUCCAAUGUCAGUUACGUCCGAAAGUUAGGACCAAAAUGUCUCUUUUCAAAAACUAUUACGAGAACUUCUGCUCUCCCUUUUUCAUUUUGACAGAUUCAUAGUGAGUGCGUGGCUUUUUUAAAUUUUUUUUUUCUUGGCGUUUUUUGUGAAAGUUUUCUCCGUACGUUUGUCUCAUAAGAGUUUUCGAAAUCUCAUCGAAAAUUUGUAGGCAAGCACGGUUAUUCCAAAUUUCCAUUUAAAACGUACAUCAGUGCAUUGAGAGGAAGUUCAAGGAAUGUGCGCUGUAUAGCGAAAAUUUGUAGAUUUACGAUCCGGACGAAGACAAGUGGAGCGAAGGUCCUCCGUUGAAUCGCUGCCGUGCCGAUUGCUUUGUUAUUUCCUAUACCGGAGACCUUUUCGGUGAAUACUCUGAACUUAUUUCUUUUUUUUUCCUGAAAUUCCAACUUUUUGAAUCGAAUUCUUGCAGUUAUUGGAGGCUACAAUGGUAAAGAGUAUGAAGAUAAAAUCGAGAAACUGAACUUUGAAAGCAGAAAAUGGGAAAUUGUGGGUUUCAUCUUUCUUCCCCAUCCAGAUUAUUUUAUUUUUCAGGUCGCAGAAAUGCAAGGAAGUAGGGCCGGUUUUUCAGCGUGCGUUUUCAGAAAAAGAAUUUACAUUGCAGGAGGAUGGAGGUUAGUUUUUCCCUUUUAUGGAAUUUCUGAGGAAAAAAAUGUCCGAGCGAAAGUUGCGCUAUUUUGUAUCAGCUCAAGAUUUCAUUAGAAACAAAGAAAGAAAGAGUCAAGAAGAAGAAUUCCAUUUCACGAAAUACAGCGAUACAAUUUUUUAAUAGUUGAUAACAGGAAAUUUUUGAAUGUCGAUUGAAAGUAUGUUUUGUUUCAUCUAAAAUAUUUUUUUUUUGUUUAGGGAUUCUUCGGAUACACAUCGACUUAAUUUAUUGUUUUUUUUUGGCUUUUUAAUCCCUUUGAACUAUUUUAAAAUAAUGAUAAAACAACGUUCAAAGUUUUUAAGGCUGAAAAAAUGUGAAAUUUCAGUUAAUUUUGUAAGAGUUUGAAGGGAACAAGAAUUGCCGCGGUUUGCUACUUUCGCUUUGUUUGACGAAAACAAUUCAGCAACUCGAGCAACACACUGAAGACGGUGCGCAGCUUCGACCCGAUGACGAACACAUGGCGAGAAGAGCCGUCGAUGAACAAGGAUCGCAAAUACUUCACGAUGCACUCCACCGAGGAAUCUCUGUUCGCGAUCCGCGGCUGCGCCGACAACUGGAGCGUGAUCCAAGAGGUGGAGGAGCUGAAGGUCAAUGCCACACAGUGGAGCAUCGUUUCAUGAUUUUGCCUUCUCUGUCACCUUUCUAUGAAUGUUUCACAUGGGUUUGAUAACAUUCUGAGAUUUACUGAAGCGCUGGGAAAGAGUGGCGCUUGUUCGUCGUGAUUCUCGAUUAGCGCCGAUGGUUCACUUGAUCUCGCUGCAUUCAUUCAAAAUUUAUCCGUUUAUUUUUUCAAACAAAUUCAUCAAACUUUCGAAGUAUACGGGUUCUGCUCUAAAUGGCUUACGAGAGCAACUAUAGGUCGUUCCGCGCCAGUUUUCACGAUUUUCAGUUUCCUCGGGGCUGAAGAACCCUUUUCGGCGCCUCGCUUCGAUGCUCUCGGUGUUCAGAUUCCAUGCGGGAUUUAUAAAAAGGAUCAAAAAUAUUAAAUUACUAUAGUCUGCGUGCCACGACUUGAAAUUUCACGGAACGACAUUCCGCUGUUCCGCUGCGUGUGUUCGCGAAUCGUCUUUCGAAUCAAGGAAUCAAGGUCACGAUUUCAACUAGUUGGCUGUGGGAGCACAUGAAAGUAGAGUACCUCAAUAAAAGAAAAAAAAAAAUUUAAAACGCGACAAAGGUUUGCAUAGACGCACAGCGGAAUGUCUUUCCGUGAAAUUCCAAGUCGUGGUACACAGGCUAUAUUUUUUAAUUGUUAUUAAUGAUACCGACUGUUCGAGCUUUUUUUGCAUAUAAUUUUUGGCUUAGUUUGAUAGAACUUUUUAUGUUACAACUUUUUUUUGUAGAACAAGGAAAUUCCAAAGUUCGGAAAUAAUGAGUUUUAUUGAAGGCGCACGCAGGGGUGCACAUCGAGAGCAUCGAAACGAAGCGCUGGAAGGGCUUCUGUAGCUCUGAAGAAACUGGAAAUCGUGACAAGCUGGCGCGGAAUGACCUAUCUUUUCUACAUUUAAAAUUUAUAACUUUCUUUCUAGUCGCCUAUCUACGGUAG